GACUGUAGGGAGAAGUGAAUCUGAUGAAACGCUGGUUCGUGUUGAUCAGUGAAACAUAGCAGCGAAGAAAUAAGAUGAAUUCAGAAAGAUUUUUUUGUUCCAUCUGUCUGGAUCUACUGAAAGAUCCGGUGACUAUUCCUUGUGGACACAACUACUGUAUGAACUGUAUUAAAACCCACUGGGAUGAAGAGGAUCAGAAGGGAAUCCACAGCUGUCCUCAGUGCAGGAAAAUAUUCAUACCGAGGCCUGUCCUGGAGAAAAACGUCCUGUUAGCAGAGUUAGUGGAGGAGCUGAAGAAGACUGGACUCCAAGCUGCUCCAGCUGAUCACUGCUAUGCUGGACCUGAAGAUGUGGCUUGUGAUGUCUGCACUGGGAGGAAGCUGAAAGCCAUCAAGUCCUGUCCGGUCUGUCCAGCCUCUUACUGUGAGAAACACCUCCAACCUCAUUAUGAAGCUCCACCAUUACAGAAACACAAGCUGGUGGAGCCCUCCAAGAAUCUCCAGCAGCUCAUCUGUUCUCGUCAUGAUGAGGUGAUGAAGAUUUUCUGUCGUACUGAUCAGCAGAGUAUCUGUUAUCUCUGCUUAAUGGAUGAACAUAAAGGUCAUGAAACAGUCUUAGUUCCAGCAGAAAGAGCUGAGAAGCAGAAGGAGCUGGAGGUGAGUCAACAACAAAUCCAGCAGAGAAUCCAGGACGGAGAGAAAGAUGUGAAGCUGCUUCAACAGGAGGUGGAGGCCAUCAAUGGCUCCGCUAAUAAAGCAGUGGAGGACAGUGAGAAGAUCUUCACUGAGCUGAUCCGUCUCAUCCAGAAAAGAAGCUCUGAUGUGAAGCAGCAGAUCAGAUCCCAGCAGGAAACUGAAGUGAGUCGAGUCAAAGAGCUUCAGGAGAAGCUGGAGCAGGAGAUCACUGAGCUGAAGAGGAAAGACGGCGAGCUGGAGCAGCUCUCACACACAGAGGAUCACAACCAGUUUCUACACAACUACCCCUCACUGUCAGCACUCAGUGAGUCUACACACUCAUCCAGCAUCAACAUUCGUCCUCUCAGAUACUUUGAGGAUGUGACAGCAGCUGUGUCAGAGACCAGAGAUAAACUACAGGACAUCCUGACAGAGAAAUGGACAAACAUCUCACUGGCAGUCACCGAUGUGGAUGUUUUACUGUCUGAACCAGAACCAAAGAGCAGAGAUGAGUUCCUACAAUAUUCAACAGAAAUCACACUGGAUCCAAACACAGCACACACACUUCUGUCAUUAUCUGAGGGAAAUAGAAAAGUAACUGAUAUGAAUCAACAACAGUUUCAUUCUAGUCAUCCAGAAAGAUUCACUCACUGGCGUCAGGUCCUGAGCAGAGAGAGUCUGACUGGACGUUGUUACUGGGAGGUGGAGUGGAGAGGAGAAGUAGUUUUUAUAGCAGUCGCCUACAAGAACAUCAGCAGAGCAGAAAAAUCAGAUGAAUGUGCUUUUGGAUGGAACAACAAAUCUUGGUCAAUAAGUUGUGAAACAGACAGUUACACAUUUUGGCACAACAAAGUCCAAACUGAUAUCUCAGGUCCUCCUUCCUCCAGAAUAGGAGUGUAUCUGGACCACAGAGCAGGUAUUUUGUCUUUCUACAGCAUCUCUGAAACCAUGACUCUCCUCCACAGAGUCCAGACCACAUUCACUCAGCCGCUCUAUGCUGGACUCUGGAUAGGAUUAGAAACAACUGCUGAGUUCAUUAAAUAGAGAAACUACUGCAGCUUCAGGCAGGUUGUGUUUAGUCAUGAUGGAUUUUCUUCUGUUUUCUUUUCUGUUUUCUUUCAAAGAGCCGUAAUGAGCCGAUCUCUUGAUUUCCUGCUGGUGACUGAAACUUGGAUGAACGUUGGUGAUUUAUGCCCAUUCUCUGAGCUCGUCCCUCCCGACUUAUCUCGCUGAUCCUUUAACCCCACAAGCUCCCUCUAGAUCGCUGAAAUCACUGACCUGUCACUUCCUGUUGUCCUGAGGUCCAGGCUGAAAUGAAGAGGUGACAGAGCUUUUUUUGUUGUCACCCCCAAAUUGUGGAACAGCCUCCCCGUUAAUAUGAGGAUCUCACCAACUGUGGACAUUUUUUAAUCUUGUUUAAAAAUUUCUAUUCUCUUGCUUUUAAACCAGACAGAGUUUUGGCAUUUUGGCUGAUUAUUUCUUUCAUGCUUGUGUUUUCAUAGUCUUUUAUUUCUUUUAUUUUCUGUUUUAUCAUUUAUGCCCCCAAAAUGUUAUUUUAAAGUUCAGUCCCAUUUUUAUUCUUUGUAGUCACAGAGAGGCCCAACAGUCAGAGCCUCUAAUGUGGAUUUCAGUAACAAAACUAUCCAACGUGUAUCUAAAGUAACGCUCAACAGUGUUAAGUACAUAAUCUCAUAUAUUUGUGAUAUAUGUAGUGCAUUCAGAAGCAGUCCCACUUUUCUGGAAGGUCAAGUGCAUCUUAGACAUCAUGUGGAGUCUUUGUGGUAAAAUGCUGCUUUUAUGUUGCACAACCACCACAUUUGCAGUCAGAGUUGAUGAAAUAUGGACUUUACUGGAACUUCCAGGCAAAUGACACCCAGUGGAUGAUAUUUAAUACGUUACAGUUUGAAAGUGUGUUUAAAA